AUGAAUAGGCAGCAGGCUCUCAAGCCAAAAUUGUCAAAGGAGCCACGAGUUUCCCAUCACCGGGAAGAAAUGAAGGAGCCUCAAAACCACAAUGACGAGUAUUUGGACGCUCGGGGCUUUCAAAUCCUCGAUGCUGAUUAUCUUGGCCGUUCCAAAGAGCGGCUGGAUGAGCAGCUCCAAAGUAUCAAGACGCGGAUCUCGUCGACGCUGAUGAACUACGAGCAAGAUAUGGAACUCUGCGAAGAGGCGGAAAUUGAGCAAGUCUGCAAAUUUCACUGGGCCUCGGAUAUUGAAGCAGUAGAAGAGUACAUCAAGAACGACGAGUUCCGCCGUGGUUUCCAAGAAGAUGUGCAAGUCCUGGUGGUGGGGCGCAAAACCGUUGACCGAAAGCGCACACAUGUCCUUCGAGGAAUUCUCCAAGCUCUCGAGCAAUCCGCUGAAGAGUUUGGAUCAGAAGACAUGGAUCUUGCCUCCGAGUACGACAGCGCAAACGGUCUCAAGCGGCUGCAAAAUGCGCUCAACUCAACUCAACAGCUCAUUGAUAGGCUUGACGGCCUUGCGCCAGAUAUUCUAAAUGUCAUUUCGAACAGUAAGUCAGAUGUCAAGCAGACACAGAAUCGAAAUCUACAGACAAAACUCAACAAAAUUCGCAAGAAAAUGAAGACAUUAACGAACACAAUCGCCAAGUCAAAGGAAGACUACGACGAUCUGUUAACAGAAUCAAUGACUCGCCAGGCGAAGAUCUUUCUUCUCGACCAGCGAAUAGAAGAGCUUUCCGAAAAAAUAAAAGACUUUGACAAGCGAGAAGCGAAAGUAAAAUCAGACCACAAAAAAGAAGUCAAGGAAAUUCUGAAAACGCGAGACCUGGUUUUGGAAGCGCAAGAAGACAAGAUUUUGAACUUGGAAAGCUACAUCGCAGAACUCAAGAAAGAGAAUCAAAAAAUCGACGAAACAAAAGAAGAAGAGCGAGAAACAUCUCCAAAAGUCGAAAAGCUUCCCUUACUCGUUCCAGCGAAACCUACAAGCCUCGAAAAAGGACCCUCGCUGAUCACAUGUCCGUAUCCACUCGUUGGGAAGACCUCUAAAGGCGCGAUAGAGAGCUCUUUAGUCAAGCAAAUUUCAAGAGAAGACAUUUCUGUCAUCCCGUCUAAAGUCAUCUCGCUGGGAAAAUCAUCGUCAGAUCUUCGUGUUCUUCCCAACUUGACCGCCUCCACAGUGGAGUCCACUUCAUCAGAAAUAAACGACUUUUGCGAUAUGAAAGAAGACGUAGACAUAACGCUCCACGAAGUAGCUCAAGCACUGGCCUCGCCGAGUCAGAAAAACCUCUCUUCAAAUAGCAUUUCGCUUCAGAACAUGUCUUCACAAACUGACAUCCAAAACAGCGCCUCAGAUACGAUCCGACGACUUGAGCCCAAAUCCCGGCCGAUAGGAGCAGUAGCUGCGAAAUUGGAACAAGUGAAACGAGUCAAGCAAGAAAUGAGAGCUUUCAACUUUUUCGCCGAAUUCGUCAAUAAACUCAACGAGACCUGCGAAUUGCCGAAUUCAAAUGUGGAACUCAGCCCAAUCGACGGGGAGGAACUAAAGAAGCUGACUCUCGCGGAGCUGCGAAAAACCGCAAAAGAAUUUUGCGAAGCAGCUGAUCACGUGAGAACACGAGCGCUAGAAAUGGUCGACAGAACGAUGCGACGAAACAAGGUGGAAGUAAAAUACAUUCAAGAGCAGCGAGAAAAAGAUAAAACGACUCUGACUCGAAUGCGAUUGCCCCAGAAAUCCGAAGAAGAACUAAUACGCGAAGAAAAUAGCAGCAAAAGAGAACAAAUGCAACAGAAGCAUCAGCGUAAAUCGGUGCCAUUAGAUCCAUUGGUUGAUCCCAAUCCAGCAGAAGUUCAGUCAGUCAUUUUGAGGAACAAGUCAGAAAUCAACAUCAAUUUUCCGAGCGUCGAUUUGGGAAACUGCGCGAAUUUAGGAAAAAAUAGUCGAAACAGAAGCAGCGCGCAUCAAAUUCACGAUCGUCAAAUCUCAAAAUCUUCAUUUCAUCAUGGACCAGUCGACGACAUAAAUCACGACGGGGACAACAUAAGCAUUUGCUCAAUGGCCGAAACCGCCCUGGAUCCUGCUUGUCUUGAAUUCGCGGUGGAUUGGGUCGACCGUCUCAAGAAACUGCCCCAAGCGCCGGAAAUCUUCGAAAAGCUGGAAAAAAUAACACUCUUGGAGGGUCGCCGCAAAUCAAUGAAAACCGAGUUCAAUAAAGCGAUUCUGCAGAUUCAGGAAGAAGUGAACAAAAUGGUGAAAGAGGCGUCGCUCAAUUUGGUCAAGGAAGGGAAACCAUCCUUCAAGCCGGAUUUACUCGGCUUAGAAGUUAAAGGAAAGCGGAAGAUAGUUACUUUGCGCGUCAAUAACGGAGACCAAGACUGCAAUGAAGGAGGAAGUGUUUCCACGAUUCCAGUGGCCAUCGAUAGCAACCUUCAUUUAAAGAAGUCAACGGUUACUCCAGCUCAUUCUAGCGCCUUGUCAAGGGUUUCGAAGAUAUUGAAUCAGUACUCAUUAGCUUCUAUCAACCCUAGAAAAUAUGAAAUCCAUGAAAGACCGUCCGAAAGCCAGUUCUGA